CCCGCGGAGCUGUCAUUGGCUGUGGCCGGGUGACAGCGGCGGUGAGGAGUAGUACGGGAGGGCAGGCCGGUAGGCAGAAGGGAGAGAGAGGCUCACACUUCACACUGCAGAGCCGCCCGCUGACAGCGCCAAUCAUUAGUCCCCGGGGUAUGUGUACCCGGUGAGGGGGCGGAGAGUGCGGAUGUCAAUAAGCCCCCCCCGAUCCUUCUCCGCUGGAAGAUGAUGAGGAGGAGUCCCAGCUAAACACCGGGCCACCGAUGAGCCCCAUCACCGGGGAAGGGCGUGGAGAGGAGCCGUACCGUCCGAUCGCCCCCGGAGAUCAUGUUGCCAUGCUGAUGCUGAAGAUGGAGCGGGGGGGAUGUGAGCUGGGAUCCCGAUGAGGAGCGAUCUCCACCGAUCACCGGGCCCCGGGACAUGCGGCACGGCAGAGGCGGCACCCCGCAGGCUGCACCGUACCGAGGACUGAGCGGCUGAGAUCAGCAAUCACUGCACCGGGACCGUCAUCAUCAUCAUCACCGGACUGAGGAGGUCCCAGCAUGGGCUGUGCUCCGAGCAUCCACAUCUCCGACAGCAGGGUGGUCUACCACAGCGGGAAAGAGUCCGACGAGUCCCCCAACCAGACCAACACUCUGUCCCAGCAACACAACCACUCCGUACCCCCCGGAUUAUUCAUCAAAGCCUCGCACACCUCCACUUAUAAGGCAGCUGUAACAGAAGUGCAGUUUGGUCCAAUGAGACUCCACCAAGAUCAACUUCAGGUACUUUUAGUAUUUGCCAAAGAAGAUAGCCAGAGUAAUGGAUUCUGUUGUGCGUGUGAGAAAGCGGGCUUUAAGUCUAACAUUGCUAAGACACCAGAAUCUGCUUUGGAAAGCUUUUUAGAUAAACAUCAUGAAAUUAUCAUUAUCGAUCAUAGACAGACACGAUCUUUUGAUGCAGAAGCUCUAUGCAGGUCCAUCAGAGCAACCAAACCCUCAGAAAACGCUGUAAUAAUUGCUGUAGUUAGAAGACAAAGUGAUCGAGACGAAACGUCAAUAAUGCCCCUAAUAUCUGCUGGGUUUAGCAGGAGAUAUGUAGAAAACUCUAAUGUUAUGGCCUGUUACAAUGAACUUAUUCAGCUAGAAUAUGGGGAAGUACGUGCACAAUUUAAACUAAGGGCUUGUAAUUCUUUAUUUACUACAUUAGAGAAGAGUCAAGAAGCCAUUGAAAUUACUAACGAGGAACACAAAAUACAGUAUGUGAAUCCUGCUUUUGAAACCACAAUGGGUUAUCAGAAGGAAGAACUGUAUGGAAAAGAAUUAAUUGAAGUGCCUAAUAAUGAAAAAAAAUCAGAUUUUAUAGAUAAUAUUAAUUCUUGUAUUAAGUCUGGAAAGGAGUGGGAAGGUGUUUACUAUGCCAAAAACAAAAAUGGUGACAAUAUCCAGCAAAAUGUGAAGAUAAUUCCUGUUUUUGGACAUCGAGGAAAGAUCAGACACUAUGUGUCUAUUAGUCGGCCGUGUAGUGAUAACAACAAGGUAGAAAAACAAUGUGAGCGAGUUCAGGCUGAGUCUCAAACAGAUAUCCAGAGCUGCAGACACAAGGACAGGCGGAAAGGCUCCUUAGACGUCAGGUCAACCACCUCCCGAGGAAGUGACGGUAGUUCACAGAGGCGGCAUUCUUCAAUGGCUAGAAUACAUUCGAUGACUAUUGAAGCUCCUAUUACCAAGGUAAUAAAUAUCAUCAAUUCUGCACAAGAAAACAGCCCGAUGCCAGUGGCAGAAGCUUUGGACCGAGUCCUGGAGAUAUUAAGAACAACUGAACUGUAUUCUCCGCAGCUCGGAACAAAGGAUGAAGAUCCUCACACCAACGACUUGGUUGGAGGUUUGAUGACAGAUGGUUUAAGAAGGCUGUCGGGAAAUGAGUACAUAUUCUCAUCAAAACAUGUUCAUCCAUCUUCUGGGCACCCAAUCUCCUCUCUCUCCCUUUCUGACAUCCCACCACGGAUAACACAAGCAAUGGAGAAUGAAGAAGAUUGGGAAUUUGAUAUUUUUGAACUAGAGGCUGCUACUCAUAAAAGGCCCUUAGUGUACCUUGGCCUUAAAAUGUUUGCUCGAUUUGGCGUUUGUUCAUUCUUGAAUUGCUCAGAAGUGACAUUGAGAUCUUGGCUCCACAUUAUUGAGUCAAACUACCAUUCGAGCAAUGCUUAUCAUAACUCAACACAUUCCGCUGAUGUCUUACAUGCCACUGCUUACUUCCUGUGCAAAGAAAGAGUAAAGCAAAGCUUGGAUCCAAUUGAUGAGGUUGCUGCUCUCAUUGCUGCCACUGUUCAUGAUGUGGAUCAUCCAGGGAGAACAAACUCUUUCCUCUGCAAUGCUGGAAGUGAGUUGGCCAUCCUGUACAAUGACACAGCGGUGCUGGAGAGCCAUCAUGCAGCACUGGCUUUCCAGCUGACCACGAGAGAUGACAAGUGCAAUAUAUUCAAAAAUAUGGAGAGAAAUGAAUACCGUACAUUACGGCAAGCUAUCAUCGACAUGGUUUUAGCAACAGAGAUGACAAAGCAUUUUGAACACGUCAACAAGUUUGUAAACAGCAUCAAUAAGCCAUUGACGGCGGUCGAAGAGAAUGAGGGUACUGGUGAUGACGAUGCUGUUAAAACUGUUUUGACGUCCCCGGAAAAUCGGAUACUUAUAAAGAGGAUGCUUAUUAAGUGUGCAGACAUCUCCAAUCCAUGCCGAGCACUAGAGCAGUGUAUUGAGUGGGCUGGUAGGAUAUCAGAAGAGUAUUUUGCUCAGACAGACGAAGAGAAGCGGCAAGGUUUACCUGUGGUAAUGCCUGUGUUUGAUAGGAAUACAUGUAGUAUUCCUAAAUCCCAAAUCUCAUUUGUGGAUUAUUUCAUCUCGGACAUGUUUGAUGCAUGGGAUGCAUUUGCUGACUUACCGAACUUAAUGCAACAUCUGGACAAUAACUUCAAAUAUUGGAAAUCACUAGAUGAAAGACAGCUGAAAACUCUACGACCACCCCCAGAAUAGCUGACACCCUUCAGUCAAUGAAGCCCAUCCUUAAAGGGGAUCCAGUUCGUUGUUGGUAACUUCAUCUAUACCAGAGCGUUCUUCACUCUGUGAAAGUCCCAUGGAUCAUCAGGUCAAAGGUUACCUCCAGUACCCUGCAGUAAGCAUAAAAAAACAAAAACACAAUUAAAUCGACGGAUAAGCCUUUUUUUUUUUUUUUUGCAUUAACUUAUAUCACAAGUUAAAUUACACUGGAUUGCUGCAAUAUCAGUGCUGACGGGUUGUUCUCAAAAAAUGGAAAAAAAAAAAAACAUUGCCAAUUUUCUUCAUACCUGUAUGGAAACAUCAAUGAUAUCAUGGAUGGAAGUUUCCUUCGAGAGAUGAUGCAAAGAAAAACAAAAACUCAGACUUGCAAGUGAAGGAAAAUCAUUGUUCGUGUCUCGCGGCUUUGAAGAGAACACUCUGCUUUUUUUUAAAGCACUUAUAGUUGUUAACAAUCAACACAUUAAAUGCACUCUUUCUGAAGGAGUUUUUGAUCUCUGAAAAAUAGAUCCACUCUAUUUUUUAAUAUCACCGAAAAAGGGGCAAUCAUUCACCUCUGCACACUACUGAUAGGGAGCUUUCUCAAGGCUGUUUAGUAGCAAAUUGUAUAAAGAAAUAAAAAAAAAAACUACACAGAAGAGUUUUUGAACUUGAUCAAUAGCAUCUAUGAUUAAAAUAUGUUUUAUUUAUUUUAUUAGAUGUUCAAUAUUUUCUAUGGAUUUAUAAAAAAAAUAAUAACAAAAAAACAAAAAGCCAAAGCCAACUUUAGAUGCAUUAAAAACACAAUUCAUAGUCAUUACUAUACCUUUAAUUGAUGUACAGACCUUUUAUUUUCAUAUUGCAAAUACAGAAAUAUUAUUCAAAUGACACAUUUGUAUUGCACUGUAAGAACUCAUUGUGGAUGUUUAAACUAUUGUUUGGAGGUUCUGAUUUAAUUUGAUUUCUGUUUUUUCGAAUACUGGAUGGAGGAUUCUAUAGCUUUGAAUCCAGUGCCACAAGAGGGACAUGCUGUAGUUUUAAUUUGGUGAUGGCCAUGAAUUUUUGUCAGUUAAUUUCACCCUGUGAUCCCAGUGGGCACCUAGAGUUGCUAUGCAAUGUGUUGGAAGGUCCACUGGUCCAUUCUACAGGGGGGGCACCUUCUUUUUCUCUCCAACAAAUUUUGCAGUUUGGUUCCCUAUCAGAAGUCUGCCUUAUUUUCUACAAUGUUUCUACAAUGCAUUCCACAGCAGAAAUGGACAAGGAGGUAUAUAUUUAAGCAUUUUGUAGCUUCUCUAUUUUCUUUUGCAAGGAUAUACCUUAACUCCAGUUCCAAAAGGUAUGUACCUUCACAGAUUAAAUUAGACACUCACAAUAAGCACCAGUAACAAUAAAAUGUAUAUUUUAAGAAUU